GACCUGCUGGGACCCGAAUUUCGAUGCUAACGGGCGGGUCUGCAGAUCCCAAGCGCGGGCGGGAAGGGAGACCCAGGUGGGACAAGGACUUUUGGAGGGAGGUCAGAGGGCACCGAGUUGUGCCUGCGGCUGUUCCCAUGGUAACAGGGCACCGGAAGUGGCGACGUUAGGACGCGACAGCCCGCUCUCAGGCCGUCCGGCCCGGAAGCCCGUGGGCUCUGCAGCACACUGUGGUGUUUCUUGGCGGAGGAGAGGGCACUUGUAAGCACUUGGAGAGAUGCAGCAAAGCCAUUGCCGCAGCCACGAUGCCGAAACGAAAGAAGCAGAAUCCGCAGCCGCCGCCACAGCAGCCCCCACGGCCCGAGCGGGAGGAGACUGGAGACGAGGAAGAUGGUUGUCCCAUGGGACCACCCAGCCUUCUGGGCCCUCCCCCCAUGGCCAAUGGAAAGCCUGGUGACCCCAAGUCAGCUUUUCACAGAGGUCCUCCGGGAGCAAGGGGACCAAUGAUUCCACCGCUGCUGAGUCUCCCUCCUCCUCCCCGGGGUAGAGGCCCAAUGCGGGGAGGCCUUGGCCCCAGGUGUGGUCCAUAUGGUCGUGGUUGGUGGGGGGUCAACGCUGAACCUCCUUUUCCUGGGCCAGGCCAUGGGGGUCCCUCCAGGGAAAGCUUUCACAAAGAACAGAGAAACCCUCGAAGGCUCAAAAGCUGGUCUCUUAUCAAGAACACCUGCCCACCUAAGGAUGGCCCCCAGGUUAUGGAAGACAAAUCUGACCGCCCUGUCUGCCGACACUUUUCCAAAAAGGGCCACUGUCGAUAUGAAGACCUCUGUGCCUUCUACCACCCGGGUGUCAAUGGACCUCCUCUGUGAGACUGUGCCUUCCCGUCCAGGGUGGAAGAAGCCCUCUGUGACCUCGUGGGCAUGCAUUUCCCUGUGGCCCUGUGGUGGCUACUGUGAGGCUCUUCUGCCCACCCCCAUCUACCACCUUUCCCGUCUGGGGUCCCAAGUGAGUCAUCACCCGUGCGUGGUGUCCACACUUUCUUCUGAUCCAGCCUCCAGAGACUGGCCUUCAGGACCCCGUCAUUGCUCCCUUCAACUGCCUCCUGGAUCCUCCCCCCUCGCCAAGUGACUGCUAAACAGGAAACCUCUUUGGUUGGUGCUGUUUCUUGUACAUCUGUCCACCUAUUCCCCAGUACUGCCCUCAAUUCCUGAGAGCCCUGGAGUGGUUUCCUACCCCCUCUAACUGCUUGUUUUUAAAGUCUCUCACUUUUUUUUUUUUUUUUUUUUUUUUUAAAACGUGACAUCCUCAAUGUUGUCAGCUGCUCGUGAAACUCCAGGUUGCCUGAUCUGGGGUCAAGUUUGGGGGACUGGCUCACAGGUCCUCCCUGAAAGGCCCCACUCCCUGCUUUUGGAUUCCGUAGUCUCUCUGUCAGUAGCAUGAUCCCCACCGCUAUGGUCUGUGACCGCUGUGCUUUGUGAAACUCUGCAGCCCCCUCGUAGCCUUUCUCAGUGUCUGUGGCAUUUUUGUGACUUCUCAACACUAGAAUAUGUUUUUCUGCCAAAAUGAGUGAAGCUCAUGGUGCCCUCUUAACUUUCCCUCCAACAUGGGAGAAUUGUGAAGCUUUCCACAGACUGCCUCCCUGCUCCUUCCCGUUCCCCUGGUGUUGGCUAUUCCAGGUCUGACAUGGGCCUCUGGGCCCCGUCUAGUUCCUUUCCAGCCCACUUCAGUUUCACUGUCAUUGUGAGGCCAGCGGCCCUCUCAUUGGAAUUCUGUGAAUCCCACCUGGCCUAUCUUUGGGUGGAACCUGGACAGUACUGUUGCCCUCUCCCAACCCUCUGUCCACAUCCCUGGCACUGGUUGUUUUCUGUGAAAACGGCAGUGAACAGGUUCAGUCUUGAACUGGCCCUGAAGAAAUGGGUCAGGAGUUAGGUGGCAGGAGGGUUGGAGGAGAACCGUUGGAAAACUGAGAAUGAAUUUUUUUUUCUUUUUAACUUUUUUUUUUAAUAUAUUAGUAAUAAAUGCAGUGAAAAUGAACAUUUUCCUUACUCCCUGUGUUCCAGUCAUCUUUGGAGGUGCAGCCACUGUUCUUCAUGGAGUCCAUCAGCUCAUUCUUUGUUCAGUUCACGCACAGUGGUAAUGGACAGUGACAGAGCUUAUGUUUCUUCCAACAUGAAAGAACCGUUGAGAUCCUGUUGGCCUAGAGCUGGCUGCAGUGUGUUCAAGGGCAAUGUUUUGUAGACCAGAAGAAAAGUCAAGUGUCUGUGGGGGUGAUUUUUUAAACAUUUUACCUAUGUUUGUAAGUUUGGUGUUUAUGGAGUGGUAAUGAGAAGUAGUCUUCAAGUAUCCAUGGACCAGACAAUGCACUAUGCAUUAGAGAUAACAAGCAAAACCAAGGAAUUUUAAAUCUACAGAAGACACGUUCAUCAAAUCACAAAUACAUAAAAAAGUUACACCUGUCAAAAAGGCUAUGAAGAAGGGCAGGUGUGGCAAAGCAGGUUAAGCCACUAUUUGGGAUGCCCACGUCCCAUACUUAUGGGAGUGCCUAGGAUCAAGUCCUGCCCACACCUCCUGCUUCAGUCAUGCUCCCUGCUAGUGCACCAGGGAGACCACAGAUCAAGUCUCAGGCAUUUGAGUAGCUGCCACUAGGAUGGAGUUCCCGGUUCCUGGCUUCAGCCUGACCUAUUCCCAGCUGUUGUGGCAUUUGGAAAGUGAACUAGUGGAUGGAAGAUUUCUCUCCCUGCCUUUCAAGUAAAUAAACAUGAGUGAACACUGAACAGAAACAGCGAAAGGAGCAUGUAGUGUCAGGGAAAUAGUACCGAUGCUAAGAUUGAAAGAGAUGCUUUGGAAUGGUAACAGUCCUAGCUGCCUUUUAUGACGUGUAAACAGAUACAUAAAGUAGGUAGCUGCAUAAACAGGCAUGCUGUUCAUGUUAAUGCUAGAGGCUGCCAGGACUGUGGCAUAAUGGAUAAAGCUUCUGUUUGUGGUGCCAGCAUCCCAUAUGGGCACUGGUUUGAGUCCCGGGUGCUCCACUUCUGAUCCAGCUCUCUGCUAAUGACCUGGAAAGGCAGCAGAGGAUGACCCAAGCCCUGGGCCCCCACCUAGGAGACUUGAAAGAAGACCCCAACUCCUGGCUUGGGAUCGGCCCAGCUCUAGCUGUUGGGGCCGUAUGGAGACUGAAGCAGUGGGUAGAACUCUAACUCCAUGAAUCUUUUAGGGGGAAAAAAAAAAAAAAAAACAAAAACUAGACAUAAACCUGAGGUAUCUAUAUAGGUUGUGGCUGAAGCCAUGAUCAUGGAUAAUAGGAGUCUUCAGAAAGUUCAAGGAAAAUGCGUAUUGCGAAAAUGCAUGGAUUUAAUUCUGUUUUACUAUGAACUUUAAGUACCUUCAUAUUCCUUCACUCUGUAAGUAUCCAGUGCCUAUUGUAUUCCAGUUUAUCAGGUUGACAGAAACCCAAGUUAAUGGAAACUCAAGAUCAGUCUUGAACAAAAUAGAAGUUUAUUUCUCUGACAAGACUUAUGGCUUGACAGUCUAAGCCAUAUGUGACAGUUGUGCCACCACAAGGUUCUCAGGUAUUUAGAACCCAGUCACCAGCUUCCAGGUCCACAGCCAAUAACCACAGAUUCCUGUUCACAAUACAAAAUGAAGCUCGCUCUUCCUCAGCUGUGUUCAAAGACUCGGGAGGAAGGAAGAGUGGAAUACCUAAAUUUUCAGUUAGUGUACAGCUCUUCAACUUCUAUUGCCACUGGUAGUAAUUCCUGAAUUCUAGCUCUUUGGAAAAGUAGUCUUUGUUCAGGUAGUUAUGUGCUAAACAACUUACUAGGGGGUUUUAGCUGGUAACAACAUUGUAGAAUGAAUAGCCCCUACCCGCUAUCCAUUGCUGCAGUUUGGAGUGCAAUAGGAAACAGCGGUAAGUGUCAGUGUCCUCCAGGCAAAGAGUACUAGGAAUGCACCCACAGUCGAAGUUGUGUUUCUUCUCAGGUUUUUAAGAGAUUAGGAAUAGGUAGGCACUGUGGCACAGCGGGUUAAACUGCUGCCUGCUGCGCCAGCAUCCCAUAUGGAUGCCAGUUCUAGUCCCUGCUCCUCUGCUUCCAAUCCACCUUGCUGUUAAUACACCUGGGAAAGCAGCAGAAGAUGGCCCAAGUCCUUAGGUCCUGCACCCAGGUGGGAGACCCAGAUGAAGCUCCUGGCUCCUGGCUUCGGCUUGGCUAGCCCAGCCUGGGCUGAUGUGGCUGGAGAGUGAACCAGUAAAUGGAAGAUUAUUUUCUCUCUCUGUCCAACUCAGCCUCUCAAAUAAAUAAAUCUUAAAAAAAAAAAAAAAAAAAAACUAGGAGUGACAGGAUUAGAAUUUGUGUCAGAUAAUUUCAAAGAAACCAGGAAUUAUUCUGGUUUGGAUGCUGUCAGGAAGUAGGGGACAAUCAUAAACUGCACAUCUUAGUAAAUUUUUUAAAAAAGAUCUAUUGAUUUAUUCGAAGGAGUUACAGAAAGGCGCAGAGAGAGAGUCUUCCAUCUGCUUGUUCACUCCCCAGAUGGCUGCAACAGCUGGAACUGGGCGAAUCCAAAGCCAGGAGCCAGGAGCCACUUAUGGGUCUCCCAUGACAGCGCAGGGGUCCAAGGACUUGGGCCAUCUUAUGCUUUCCCAGGCCGUAGCAGAGAGCGGGAUCGGAAGUGGAGCAGCCAGGACUCAAACCAGCGCCCACAUGGGAAGCCAGCACUGCAGGCAGAGGCUUUACCUUCUAUGGCACAGCAACAGCCCUCUUAGAAAGUGUUAUCUAGAAGGUGGGUGGAAUGAAAUGUGAGUGAAGCUGUAACCAUCACUCAUUUUAGCCAAGAGAGGACGCAUUUUGUGACUCGUGCAAUGAUGUCAUUUUUGUCUUGCUUAGACAAGAUUGUGAAGUUUCUCUUCACCACAGUUACAGGAUAACUUAAUGUGACACCGGUUUUCUGUGAGAUUGUUUUUGUUUAACAAGAGUAGCAAGGCCUGGUGCAUGAGUGUCAGGCCAGCAGCACCUAUUACUGAUGGACUGGUUCCCAGAUGUCACGCUGCUUUUCUCAAAAGUAAACAAAGGAGUCUGCGUCCAUACCACUGUGAACGCCCAAUCUCGCCUGAUCUUGGAAAAGUAAACAAAGGAGUAAUUACAGGUUGUGAUGGAUGAUAUGAAGGUAAUAAAAGGUACCAAAUAGAGAACAGUAGUUGGGAGACUACUCAAAACAUAGUAUGGAGGAUAGAGCUCUCCCCUGAGGAAGUUACAGUUGAAACCACCCGGGGAGGAAAGUCUGACAUCUAAUACCUGAGUUGAGGGCAAGCAAGGACGGGCCUAAGAAGGAGGCUGACGGAGGGCAGAGAGGCAGGGAGGCGUCUGAGCAUGGCGGCGGCUGGCUGUUUGCUCUAUGCUAACAUAAUGUGUGAAGUGUUUAUAUGCAUUGUCUUGUCUCAAACUUGUUGAAUGAACACUUCAGUGCCUGUCCUGGGAAGGCACUGUUUUAGGAGCUGAGAAGAACAAAAAUCACUCCCCAUAUGGAGCCUACAUUGUUUUGAGGAUGUUAGACAAUAAGUACAUGUAUAAUAUGACUUUAAGUAAUAAUAAGUGCUCUGAAGAAGAAGUGGAGGAAGAGGCCAGAAAGUGACAGGACAAGGAGUGGUGGUUAACCUUGUGCUUGAGAUGCCAGUGAAGACACCCGCAUCCCAUACCCGAGGACCUGGGUUUGAGAUCUGGCUCCCGAUUCCAGCUUCCUGCUAAUGCAGACCCAGAGAGGCAGCCACAGUGGCUCAGGUAAUUGUGUUCCUACCAUCCAUGUGGGAGACCUGGAUUGAGUUCUUGGUUACUAGCUGUUGCAGACAUUUGAGGAGUGAGCCAGCGGAUGGAAACUCUGUAUCUUUCUCUGCAUCUCAAAAAUUUGAAAAAAAAUUUAAUGUAAAUUGGGUCAUGUAACUCUACUCAUCACCCUGCAAUAUCUUCCGUUUUAGUCAAAAGGAGAAGUUAAGGAGCCAGCAUUGUGGCAUAGUGGGUAAAGCCAUCCCCUGCAAUGCCAGCAUCCAUGUGGGUGCUGGUUCGUGUCCUGGCUGUUCCACUUCUGAUCCAGCUCCCUGCUAAUGGCCUGGGAAAAGCAGUGGAAGAUGGUCUAGCUGUUUGGGUCCCUGUGGGAGACCAGGUUGAAGCUCCUGGUUCCUGGCUUUGGCCUGGCCCAGCCCUGGCCAUUGCAGCCAUUUGGGGAAUGAACUAGCAGAUAGAAAUUCUCUCUUCUCAAAAAAAAAAAAAGGUAUUUUUAAAGUCAGAGUUGGAAAGAGAGAAACACUACCUCUCAAAUAAAUAAAUUUUUAAAAAUAUUUAUUUAUUUGAAAGAGUUACACAGAAAGAGGAGAGGCAGAGAGAGGACUUCCAUCUGCUGGUUCACUCCCAAAAUGGCUGCAACAGCCAGAGCUGUGCCGAUCGAAAACCAGGAGCCAGGAGCUCUGGGUCAUCUUCUACUGCUUUCCCAGGCCAUAGCAGAGAGCUGGAUCAGAAAUGGAGCAGCCGGGACUCGAACUGGCCCCCAUAUGGCACUGCAGGCGGCAGCUUUACCCACUAUGCCACAGCACCAGCCCUUCAAGUAAAUAAAUUAAAAAAUUUUUAUUAUUAAAAACUUAAUCUGAGUCACUUCAGCAUUUUAAAAAAGAUACUUAUUUACUUCAACAUUUAGACCUCAGGAAGCGAAGCCAGCAAAGGCAUGAAAAGAGCAGCCGUGGAGAUGGAAAGGAGAGGUGCAAGCCGAGUGUCCCUGAGGGCGUGACCAGCUGUAUCAGAUGUUGCUGGGACAGUAGGCAGGAUGAGCUCAGAGAACCGGCCCCUGAGCUGCUGACCUUGGCAAGAGUGAACUCAGCCAGUGACCAACACAAAGGCAUGAUUAUAGUGGCUUACGGAGAGAAAGGAAGCGCCCUGCCCUAGCUCCCACACCUAUUAUUCACUGGAAGAGCUGGCAGUGACCCAGAUCUUGACCGUGGUGAUGGCGUGAUGGAUGUAUGCCUGUCAAAAUCUGCCAAAGUGGACACUUUGCACUUUAUUGUCAAUUAUACUUCAGGAAGCUGUUGUCAAAAAAUUUUUUUAAGAAAGGAGAAAACAGUAUAUCCAAGCGGCACUGCGCCGAGAUUUCUACUCGCUGGGCUGGAGUUCCGCAUUUCCAAUUGUUUACUUCGGGAUUCUAUAACACAUCAAGGCCGGCAGCUUUAGUGGGCACACCUUACGUAAGGUUUCGUAGCACGUACCAGGCACAUAAUAUAUAUAUGUAUAUAUAUGUGUAUAUAUAAUAUAUAUAUGUGUGUAUAUAUAUAUAUAUAUUCCAACAUCUCCAUGCUAGCCGGUAGCCGGUGUAGCAGGGUCACCAGGUCAGGCUGUCCGGGGUGUCAUAAACCCAACACUGACGCGACCGUAGCUGGAGCCGGCCCGCCGCGUCGCUGCAGGCCACGCCCCGACAAGCCGCGGUCACGCCCCCGGGUAGGCGGUGCGGCGCGCACGUGGGCUGCCGGGGGCGGGGCGGCCUCCUCGGCGAGGAGAGCCCGCCUACUCCAUGCCGCCGGAAGCGGAAAUAGGCCGGACGCUGCCGGAGCACCGGUAACUGCCACCGCGAUGCCGAAGGGGCCCAAGCAGCAGCCGCCGGAACCCGAGUGGAUCGGGGACGGAGAGAGCACGAGCCCCGCAGACAAAGUGGUGAAGAAAGGGAAGAAGGACAAGAAGACCAAAAAGACGUUCUUUGAAGAACUGGCAGUAGAAGAUAAACAGGCUGGGGAGGAAGAGAAAGUGCUCAGAGAGCGGGAGAAGGAGCAGCAGCAGCAGCAGCAGCAGCAGCAG